AUGGGGCAGGCGGUGAGUAAUGAAAAUAAAGGGGAAAUCGGUGUUGCUGAGCUACAAGAUUUGUACAAGAAGUUUGUGACUGAAUGUCCCAGUGGAACCCUUUUCUUUCAUGAAUUCAAACAUUUUUUUGGAGUUUUAGACAACGAAGAAGCAGCUGAAUACAUAGGGAACAUGUUUCGGGCAUUUGAUAAGAAUGGGGACAACACCAUCGAUUUUUUGGAAUAUGUUGCGGCACUCAAUCUGGUUCUAAGAGGUAAUCUGGAGCACAAACUGAAAUGGACUUUCAAAGUUUAUGAUAAAGAUGGAAACGGAUGCAUCGAUAAAACAGAGCUGCUGGAGAUUGUGGAGUCUAUUUACAGAUUAAAGAAGGCUUGCUGUCAAGAAUCAGAAGAUGGGGCUCCUCUCUUGACUCCAGAAGAAGUUGUAGAUAGAAUAUUUCAGUUAGUGGAUGAAAAUGGAGAUGGUCACCUGUCCUUGGAUGAAUUUAUUGAUGGAGCGCGGAGAGACAAGUGGGUAAUGAAAAUGCUGCAGAUGGAUGUGAAUCCAGGCAACUGGAUGACUGAUCAGAGAUGCAAAAGCGCUUUAUUUUAA